UUCUCGGUCUCACGGCCGAUCAGUUUAUUAAUUCUGCGUCGAUUUCGUUAUUUUUACAUUUGCGUGUGUGCUUUAGCGAAAGUUCUAUCUAUUUUGUGGAAACACAUGGGAAUUUUCUUAUACCGCAGUCGUCGAGUCCGCCGAGUGAAUCAGCUCGAUCGGUACGAACGUCACACCGACUGGGUUAUGCGAGGACGAGACCCAGCCUUAUCUGAUAAAUUUUUAUGUUGUGCACAUUUUGUGAAGUUUAGAGAAACCUUCGUUAUGACGUUUGUUUUGCGUCCUUUCGUAUUGCGAAGUUUCGUGAAGAAAAAAUACCUGUCAACGAGAAACUUGAUGAAAAUAACCAAUCGUCAAAUCACUACGAGCCAAUGUCUUUCACACGGAGAAUACGAACAUCAAGAUCCCAAAUCACCAGAUGAAAUUGUCAAUGUCGUAUUCAUCGAUAAAUCAGGUAAUAGGAAAGAGAUCAAAGGCAAAGUUGGUGACAAUGCUUUAUAUCUGGCACACAGAUAUGGAAUAGAAAUGGAAGGAGCCUGCGAAGCUUCUCUCGCCUGCACAACUUGUCACGUUUAUGUUCAUGACAAAUACAGGGACAAACUUCCUACGGCUACCGAUCAGGAAGAGGAUCUCCUAGAUCUCGCACCUUUCCUGAAGGAAAAUUCUAGGCUAGGUUGCCAAAUAAUAUUAACGAAGGAUCUGGAUGGUAUAGAAUUGGAGUUGCCGAAGGCAACGAGAAACUUUUAUGUCGAUGGACAUACACCAGCGCCCCACUGAAAAGAAAGUGAAUAAAUUCUCAUGGAACGUCUGAAAAAUCGUACAAAUAUUCGUACCUAAAAAUCUGAAAAAAUCUUCACUACUGUAUAUAUAUAUAAUAUAUAGUUUAUACACUGUCGUAACAAUACAUUAGGAUGUAUAGCAAUCGAAAUAGCAAUAAAUAAACCAAUACUUAAUAAAUCAAUUUUUUAAAAGCA